GAGAUCCGCACGUAUUGGCAGCACAGGCACAGUUGUAUAACCUAUUCGUAUUUUUUAUUCGCAAUUGUAGUUUCAAUUCGUCGCAAAACAAAUCGAAACAAUGGCUGGUGAACAAGAGAAGCUGACCGGCAUGUCAAAAAUCUUCAAUGGCACAACCAUGGCCGGCCGUGCCAAUGUGGCCAAAGCUACGUACGCCGUCAUGGGCCUGCUCAUCGCCUACCAGAUCUUGAAACCAAAGAAGAAGUAGAUGACGUACCCUAGUUUGUGCAGCCUAUUAGACGUGCUUGUUCUCCUGGCUCCCAGUAACUGGCAGCAGGUACAGGACAAUAGCCAUGUAUAUUUCACAUAUGUGUAGUGCAACAUCUUAAAGGAAUAAACAAUUUAAAUAUCUAACACGGAAA